AUGGGCAAAAUCACUGAAACAGACAUAAUCUUAACGUUAAUCAAAGGCUUCGAGGAAGUUAUUGGUUCUCAUAGUUCUGACCAGAUCAUAAGCUGUUUGGCGGCACUUGCACCAGUAUCUCGUUUUGAAAUUGCAGCUGUUUUUCUCGAUAUUCGGCGUAACGAAGAAUUACGACAGUUAGUACCUCUUGAUAAUAAGAAUCAGGAGCAAGCUGGACUUAUUUAUAAAAUCUAUGAUCUAUAG